AUGGCGCGAGACGAUCCCCUCAAGACGAAGACAGUCGAGCAUGUAGAGGAGCAAGUGCUGGCUAGCCUAACGGAGGAAGAUGUGUGGAGGAUGUCGAAGGAGGCUCUGGACCUGCGGUCCUGGACAGGAUUCCGAUUAUGCCUCAUUCUGUUCGUGCAGGGGUGUAACCAGGCCGGGUACGGUAUCGACUGGGCGGUGAUAAGUGGUAUCAACUCCUACAAAUCCUGGCACGCAUACUUUGGCUUCGGCAGCAGCGGCGGCACGUACGGCCUCAUCGCGGCGCUGAUGAAUAUCGGCAUGGUGUGUGGCGCGCCCUUCCUGUCGCUGGCAGACAUCAUCGGCCGUCGUGGGAUCAACUUCGCCGGAAACUUACUUGUCAUUGCGGCCAGCAUCCUGCAGGGCUGCUCGACUAACCUCAGUAUGUUCAUGGCUGGACGGUUUCUCAUGGGGUUUGGGUCAGCGCUGCUCUCCUCGUCGCAGUAUAUCGGAGAGAUCGCUCCCGUACAUUUGCGUGGUCUCAUGGUCGGUAUCUUCGGGGCCUGCUUCCAGGUUGGUAGUCUCGCCAUGACUGGUGCCAUGAUCGGGCUGUCGCGUAUGGAUGGAAACUGGAACUGGCGUGUCCCAUUGUGGCUUGAAGCCCUAUUCCCAGCCAUCGUCUGCAUCUCAAUCUAUCUGAUAACCCCGGAGAGCCCACGUUACUAUGUCAAGCGUGGGAAGCUCGACAAAGCCCGUCAGGUCGUGGCCAAGUACCACACCACGACCGGCGAUGUGAGUCAGCCCAUCGUUGACGUCGUCAUCUCUCAGAUCGAGGCGUCCAUUGAGAAUGACCGCGCGGGAUAUACCAGCUUCUGGGAUUACCGCGUGUUCUUCACGCGCGCUGUGCGCUACCGGUUGCUUGUGCUUUUCCUAUACUCCAUCUUCCAGCAGUGGAACGGGGGCGGGAUCAUCACCUACUACAUGGUCCCCGCUCUCGAAACAAUCGGAAUUGAAGACGGCAUACAGCAACUAGGCAUCCAGCUCGGAACCACGGCAACCUACUUCGUCUUCACUGCAUGCGGGGCCCUCAUCAUCGACCGCUUCCGCCGUCGCCACCUCGUCUUCGCGGGUCUAGGCACCAUGAUCGUCUUUGAGACCGCGGUAACCAUCACCUCGUGGCAGUAUUCAUUGUCGGCGAGCCGCGCGGCUGCUGCACUGACUAUCCUGUGGGUAUAUCUGUAUCAGACGUUCUCAGCCCUGCUAGUGGCCACCAUGCACAACCUAUACCCGGUGGAGAUUCUGUCUCUCGCACUUCGAGCCAAGGGCAUGGGUUUGUACGGACUGAUCCAGGGUGGCGCGGGAGCCGUCCAAACCUAUGGCAUCGGUGUGGGCAUCGAAAAGCUCGGGUACAAGAUCUGGGUGGUGUACAUCGUUUACAACUGCAUCCAGUUGGUGCUAUCGUAUUUCAUCUUCCCGGAAACGAAGGGACUGUCGUUGGAAGAGAUUGAUGCCGUGUUUGAGACACCUGGCGUGGCUCCAGUCAAGAUGUCGCUGGACAUUCAGAAAGCCAAGAAAGAGAUGGAAGAAGCCAAUCGGGGUUUCCUUGGGUAG